AUGGUACUUGAUUCAGAUUUUAAAUGGAUAUUUGUUGGAGGACGAAAUGAAGCUGGUAAGUCCACAAUUGCUGCAAGUAUCGCUCUCCAACUAUCAAAAAUCAAAAACAGAGUAUUGUUGAUUUCACUUGACCCAACUGAAAGCCUAAAUGCUAUCUUCAAAACAAAAUUUAACGAUUUACCGAAACACAUACCCGGAUCAAAGACACUUUGGGUAAUGUAUUCAUAUUUCAAAUAUAAUUCGCCAAUUGGUGAAAUAGAAACAAGCGCUCUAGCGAAUAUUUUUGCUAACAUCAUGAUAGAUGACUUCGAUGUUGUCGUUUUCGAUAUGUACUCCAUUAAAAGCACAGUUUCUUUAUUCGAAAUUACAAUGAAAUCUGCUGCACGUUUAAAUUCUUCAAGCAUUGAAUCUAUUAUAUCGCUUUUUGAAUCAUUUAUAUUCGAUACACGUAAAAUAACAAGCCUUCUCAGACAAACAACAAAAAGAUUAAAAAAUAAUAAAGAAACAGCUUUCGUAAUCUGCUUACAUCCGAAUUAUUGGCCUUUACUAGAUACAGAAAAUCUAUACCAAUACUUAAUAGAAGAAAAAAUUUCAAUUCCAUACAUGAUUAUCAAUAAAAUUUAUGAAAAAGAAGAGUCUAGUUGUCAAAGAUGCGUUUGGUUUGGCUCAAGACAGCAAGACUUCAUUAAAAAUAUAUACGAUCUCUAUCAGGACAUAGAAAUAGUUAAAAUUCCGUAUUUAUAUGAUGAAAUCGCUGGAACUGACAGUUUACAGAGCAUAAUAGACUACAUGCAACCAUUAUUUUCCUCAAAAAUUCAAGAAAAAUAA